UGGAGUCGAGAGAGGGUUUUUCAGACAACAGCGCCCCUCUUUUAUAGCUUAUCGCUCCACCCCAGUUCGCUUCACUCUAGGCUGGGCACGUGACGGGGUUCUUGCUGCAGCGGCGGACUUGGAGGGCGCCGGUGUGCUGGGGAGGCUGAGUCACUGUGAUCAUGGAUCUGAAAUGGUUUCUGUUAGUGACUCUUCUGGUGCUUGGUGUAGUAACAAUAAAGGCUCAUGACCAUCACGACCAUGACCACGAUCAUCAUGACCACGAUCAUGACCACGAUCAUGACCACGACCAUGAUGAUGACGAUGGGCUGGACAUUGAUGAUGACCUAGAAAAUCCCGAAGAAUUAAAACCAGAGACCAGCCUGCCUCCUCCUGCUCCCAAGGUGACUUACAAAGCCCCGGUCCCAACAGGAGAUGUCUAUUUUUCAGAAUCAUUUGACAAAGGAACUUUGGAUGGGUGGGUUCUUUCCAAAGCCAAGAAAGAUGACACGGAUGAAGAGAUUGCCAAAUAUGAUGGUAAAUGGGAAGUGACAGAAAUGAAAGAUUCAAAUCUCCCAGGGGACCUAGGCCUUGUUCUAAUGUCACGUGCAAAACACCAUGCAAUUGUCAGCAAACUGAAGAAGCCCUUUGUCUUUGAUAAGAAAUCUUUAAUCUUACAAUAUGAAGUUAAUUUUCAAAAUGGAAUUGAAUGUGGGGGUGCAUACGUGAAACUACUUUCCAAAACUCAAGAACAGAAACCCGAGCAGUUCCAUGAUAAGACGCCCUACACUAUCAUGUUUGGGCCUGACAAGUGUGGUGAGGAUUACAAACUGCAUUUCAUUUUCCGGCACAAGAACCCCAAGACUGGAGAAUAUGAGGAGAAACAUGCAAAACGACCAGAUGCAGACCUAAAAUCUUACUUUUCAGACAAGAAAACUCACCUUUACACCCUAGUCUUAAAUCCUGAUAACAGCUUUGAAAUCCUGGUUGAUCAAACCGUUGUAAAUCGUGGGAAUCUCCUAAAUGACAUGAACCCUCCCGUGAAUCCCCCUAAUGAGAUAGAAGAUCCAGAGGAUAAAAAGCCUGAAGAUUGGGAUGAGAGACCAAAAAUAUCAGAUCCAGAUGCUGUGAAACCUGAUGACUGGGAUGAGGAUGCUCCUGCCAAGAUCCCAGAUGAAAGUGCUGUGAAACCAGAAGGCUGGCUGGAUGAUGAACCUGAAUACACUUCUGAUCCAGAUGCAGAGAAGCCAGAGGACUGGGAUGAAGAUAUGGAUGGAGAAUGGGAGGCACCACAAGUGGCAAAUCCUAAGUGUGAGUCGGCUCCUGGUUGUGGAGUCUGGCAGCGACCUACUAUUGACAAUCCCAUGUACAAGGGCAAAUGGAAGUCUCCAAUGAUUGAUAAUCCAGACUAUCAGGGUAUAUGGAAACCAAGAAAAAUCCCAAAUCCAGAUUUCUUUGAAGAUCUAGAACCAUUCAGAAUGACUCCAUUCUACGCAGUUGGCCUUGAACUGUGGUCUAUGACUUCCGAUAUUUUCUUUGAUAAUUUUAUUAUCUGCUCAGAGAGAAAUGUGGCUGAUGACUGGGCUAAUGAUGGAUGGGGCCUAAAAAAGGCAGCUGAUGGAGCUUCUGCGCCUAGUGUAGUGGGACAAAUGAUAACUGCUGCAGAGGAAAGACCUUGGCUCUGGAUUGUUUAUAUUCUGACUGUGGCUCUGCCAGUUUUUCUGGUUAUACUCUUCUGCUGCUCUGGAAAGAAACAGCCAUUGGAUGCAGAACACAAAAAGACUGAUGCUCCCCAGCCUGAUGUAAAAGAGGAGCAGGAGGAGGAAGAAGAAGAAAAAGACAAUAAGGCUGAAGAGGAAGAAGAUGCUGAAGAAAGUGACACGCAAAAACCAAAGCAGGAUGAAGAUGAAGGUGAUGAAGGGCAAGAAAGCCAAGAGGAAGAGGAGGCAGAAGAGGAGAUCAAACCUAAAGAAGACGACAUUAUGAACAGAUCUCCAAGAAAUCGAAAACCUCGAAAAGAUUAAGAAAACAAAUAUAUUCCAAAUCCACCAAUGGACUUGAACAUUUGGCAGAAGUUAAUAUAAAAAAAAAAAGCUUUCUGUUUUUACAGAGAUAAAUAACUAUCCAGGAACAUUGUAACACUGAAGUCCUUGUCACCCACAAGUCGCAGCCGAGAACUCGCAUCAUUAUACCACGUAUCUAGAUUUGUAAACCCAAGUAAUGAAAAAGCAUCAUUUCUAUAAUCUAAAUGCAUUUAACACUAGUCGACUUCUUGGUGGGAUAUGCAGUGUAACAUGAAGAACUAACUCUACUCUUUUUGUUUGUUUUUGUUUUUUUUUAAAUUAAAACUUUUUAAACUGAAGAAAGAAAUCUAGUAUUGCCAAACUCUUCCAUACUUCAGUGUAAUGAAAUGUAUUAAUCCUAGAAAAUAAAAUCAGAAGAGAGCUUUAGGAAAUGUUAGAUCUAAAAUGCAUUUAUUUUUUUUUUAAAUUUGUUUAAUGGCUGCUUGGUUUGGUGUUCAUUCCUUCCAGUUUAAAGUAACCCAUUUUGCUGUUUUUUUGUUUGUUUUACACGAGUAUUUACAAGACAUGCUUUUGGUUCUAGAGAGCAUGGUCAGUAGUCCUGGCAACAUGCAUGUUAUCCCUGGUUACCGUUAAGCCGCCAGCACUUGAAGUCUUUAUGGACCAAAAUGCUAUAAUCGCCCAGUAAACAGAUGUCUCGGAUACCUCUAAAUUACGUGUGUGCUCCCAAGUGUAAAUAUAUUCAUAUAGAACAUUUGCUUUGUGUGCAUACUGGGUUCCACAGUCAGUCCCUGUUUAUUUUUCUCUAUGUUUUUUUGUUUUGUUUUUACUGAAGCUGUAACUGUUCCCACAUCUUUAUUUAAAGCAACUUUGCUGUUUAAUCAGUGUUAGUUUUUUUUUCUUUUCUGCGAUUGCUUACUGGGAGAAUUGGAUACUGGCAUGAAUGGCUGCCUACUCUGUCCAUUUCACAGAUUAUACAGUUCUUGCAUGGACCUCUCUCAUAUAGGACAAACACUUUACCUGCAGUAGGGUCUAAGCAAGAGUGUACUUCUGACUUCUCUUUCAGAAAUAGGGUUAUGUAUGUCAACAUUUUGUUGAAUGGAAAAUACACCCCCUUAAUGACAUAAAUAUCUUUCAGACAUACCCGUUUCCACAGAUGAAAAGGAAACCAUGACAGUCUGCCUGUGCUGUAGUGAGCAGCGCCCCACUUUAGUCUUAAAGGACCAGUAACAGUAAUUUCUUUUUGUUAAUAAAAAAAAAAAACAGUUUAAACUUUUAAUUGCAAAGCUUUUAUUAAGAAAUUACUUACCGAUUCUCUGCAUGUGCUCCUCUUUUGGAACGGCGACAGGUUGACGAUCCAUCGUGCAUCGCUUGAUUUCUCGUCCCUGCCUUCUAUAGGAGAUAGCCAGGGAGGAGAAAUCGUGCACCGUGCGAUGGAUCGUCACCGUUUCAGAAGAGGAGUGCAUGCAGAAAAUUGGUACAUAAUUUCUUAAUAAAAGCUUUGCAAAUUAAAAGUUUAAACUGUGCUGGUGUUUUUUGUUAAAAUGAAACUAAUUUAAAAAAAAAAUUACUGUUACUGGUCCUUUAGCAAAGUGUCUCCAACCCAUCCCUUGUUCCAUUGUGAAGUGAUGGAUCCUGGGACCUGAAGUCCCUCUGCUUUCCAGAGGAUCUAUGCACCACCCACUCACAAUGGAAAGCAGGGGAACCUUCAUUUCUCACAGUUGGAACAUGGUGAGGGAGGGGUUGCAUUAAACUGUCUGACUAAGGGAUGUUGGGAAAUGGUUAGUAUGAAUAACAUGAAUUUCUGUGGAAUCAGAUAUGUCUUUGUAAAAAAAUGGUAGUUAUGCACCUUUUUCUAUAUAAACCCAACUGAGUGAGCUCAUGUUAAAAAGUAUAGCAGGAAUUAUAGCAACGUCUGCUCAGAAAUACAGCUAUAAUUAUUAUUACGUGUUACAUAUGAAGGGGGGUUUCCAUUAAAAAGGCAACUGUACAAUGAAAUGCCAACACAGGUACGUGACAGCCAGUGCCUACGAGUCUACAAUUUUAUGGUGCUGUUAGGGGUAUUGUCCGCUCGUCUUGCUGAGAAACCAAUGAGAUUAAAAAUGCCACGUGGCGUUGCCAUAUAAUGAUUAAAGGCAACUUGCUGUCAAAAUGCUUUUGCUGGUUGGUAUUGUAUUUGUAUUGCAUUGGUAAAACCGUCAAUGCUACUUGAGUUCCAAUUAUUUCCAUUGAGACCUGCUUCUACUGAUCUCUUUGUAAAUAGAACCAUUUCCCAAGGUACCACCUCAUGCUAUGUUUUAGAAUAUGUAUUGACUUGUAGCUACAGUGACUGGCUUAAGUUGGUUAUCUGUGUGCACUAAAGUUGGGGGGGGGGAAACCUUUGACCCCAGACAUGAGAUGGAGAUGACUAUUCAGUUCAGGGUUGUUUAGUGCUGACGCAGACUCGUGUUGCAUUCAGAUUUAGCAGCCAUUUCUUCCGAUUUUCUGGUUUGCAACCAUAACAAUGCUUUUAAAUUCCUUUAAAAAAAAAAACAUCUCUGCUGUAGAUCAGUUUCCCUUACAAACAAAAUGUUGCUGCUUUGGGUGCUCUAUGGUGCUUUGCCUAUCCAAAUGGCUCUACUGCAUGAGGAAAACUCUUAAGCUUGUCUCACCCAGCAAGGGAAGAAUGCUGCAGCAGUGUUUCCAUGGCACGAAUUGUGAUGACAAAAUGAUGUGUAUUUUAUUUGCUGGCAGGCCUUUCAACCUUCUGUAAUGUGUAAAAUCUUUUUCAUUUGCUCUUGUUGUGGCAAAAAAAAUUAUAUUGUUCGUGUAGGUUUCAGUCAGAACACAAUAAAAUUUUUAAGAAAAA